ACCACUUCCCUCUGAGAGCCAGUCAUAGAACCCAGGAGUCCUGGUGCCCACCCCCACUCCUCCACCGUAUGAAUGCUGAUGAAGGCAAGAGCCAGCAUGCGAACGGGGCAGCUGAUGGGUGCGGUGGGUUUGCAUCAAAGGAGAAGCACCAUUGUGCUCCGGUCCUCCUUCCAGCGAGUGCCUGAGACUGAGGGGUGGGUGAGGUGAGAGAGCCGCUCACCACACCGGAGAGGUGAGACUCUGUCUCCCGUGUAGACACUUGGACUGCUUCAGCCGGGCCCAGGAAAUCAGCUCUGUCCCCCCCUUAGCAGGGAGCAUGAGGGAGAACAGAGACUGAGAGUGGCUGAGCCCCCAGCUAAAUGUGGGGAAAUGGAGGCAGCUGCAGAGCCCUGGCAAUGCCGUGACACCCCCCAAGGGUGGGAAGCCCCCAGGCGCAGUGCACAGGAGUGGGAGGGAGAGGGCAGAGGUGGCUGCCCCCAGGAGGGAGGGGGAACAUCUCCCACCACUCUAUGGCUGCCUGAUGGUCUGUGGGAACAUGCAUGAGCCCAACUGGGUGCGGGAGGUGUCACAGCUGGGUGGCGUGGGGAGCAAAACCCCCACUCAGUGUGGGGGAGGGGUCAGUCAAAUUCCUCCUCCCCCUGGGGAACCUGGGGUGAUGGUGCACGGCCCCAGGCCCUGAUCUGUGGGCAGGGGGCAGAGAGGGAAUUUCCCUCUGGAAGAGGGAUUAGGGUUUGUCCUGGCCCGGGCCCUGGGAUCCCUCCGCUGUUAGAAGCAGUGCAUGGCUGAGAGCUGCUUUGCAGGGACCUGGACACUGUGUAUUGAGGAUUGUUAAUAUCAAGCUACCACUUUAAGAGUGUGUGGGUUGGGGGCGUGGAGUUUCCUGGUCCUGCUGGCAGUCAUGGGGGCUCUGCAGGGAAGUGUGGGACCAGAGGCAGCCUGCACAGAACCAGCCUAGAACAAGGUGGGUGAGUUGUCUCUCGCCGCCAUAGGGAGCAGCCUGUUUUGUCUCCCUCUUGUUUUUGGUUCUUCUGUGUGAUCAUUCUGGAUUCCCAGAAACAGAGUCACCUUAUGCCGCUACCUUCCAGUGGGAGCAUUUGAGAUUUGUCUCUGACUUCUCUGGGUGGGUGCCACGAACAUACCAGCCACCAAGGGGUCAGAAGUGGGGCUACCUCGGAACUGUGGCAAACGGCUCAGUGGUUCCACACCCCUGUUGACUGGAUCAUGCAUGUGCAAUCUUUCUUCUGAUCUCAGUUCAGCCCUUCUGUGAUCAAUCCUAUGGCCAGAGAAUUGACUGCAUCUGAGACCCCAGUGCCGAUCUACUGCUUCUCCAUCACCAUGGAGGCUUCUCUUGCCGCCUGCAUCCUCGCUGCUCUCCUGGCUACGGGGGCCUGUCUGCAGUGUGAGGUUUGCGACGGAUCAGGGACUAGCUGCACGGGCGACCUACAGACCUGCCUUGAUGGGCAAGACUCUUGUGGCGUCGCUCUGACAGAAAUGACAUGGGCGGGAAUGAAGACCCAAACUGUUCUCAAGGGCUGUGUGACAUCCAGCCAAUGUAGAUCCGGCCCCAUCUCUGUGAAUUUCGGGAAUGGAAUGGAAAUAAGUGCAAACUUCACCUGCUGCAUGAGAGAGGCCGGCAGAACAACCACAGGUCACCCCUCCUGGACAGGCUCUGCGGCCUCCGGCACAAUGGACGCAUCUCCGGGACCCAGGGCCCCCAAUGCGACGGAUGCAACGCUGGGAUCCGGGGCCUCCAACGCGAUGGACACGCCUCCGAGACCCGGGACCCCCAAUGCGACGGACACACCUCUGGAACCCGGGGAUUCCAACACGUUGGACACGACACCAGGACCUGGAGCCUUUAAUGUGACGGAUGCCUCUCCGGGACCUGGGGUCUCUAACGUGACGGACGUGCCGCUGGGAUCUGGAGCCUCCAACGCAACGGACGCACCGCUGAGACCCGGAGCUUCCAACGCGACGGACGUGUCUCCGGGACCUGGGGCCUCCAACGUGACGGACGUGUCUCCGGGACCUGGAGCUUCCAACGCGACGGACGCAUCUCCAGGACCCGGGGCCUCCAACGCGACAGACGUGCCACCGGGACCUGGGGCCUCCAACACGACGGAUGCGUCUCCGGGACCCGAAGCUUCCAACGCUCCGAGUGUGGCUCCAGCAGCCAUGACCUCCCGUGCAGCAGGCGUGACUUCAAAGACCACAACCUCCAGCGCGGUGGGUGUGGCUCCAGGACCAGCCGGGUUUCUCCUUGCAGCCUUCACUGGUCUCCUCCUGCUGAUGCUUCUCUCCUACUACCACAUGCAAUUCUGGAUCCGGGUUUCCAGGAAAUUGCAUAAACGAGCAUUUGUCAAGUGCUCCAGAUUCUACAUUCAUGGAUCCACCCACCCUAUCAACUGGAUGUGGCAUAUGCAAUCUCUCUUCUUAUCUCAUUUCAGCACAUCUGUGAUAAAUCCCCCAGCCGCAGAUUUGGCUGCAUCACAGACCCCGGCACCGAUCUACUGUUUCCCCAUCACCAUGGAGGCUUCUCUUGCUGCUUGCAUCCUUGCUUUUCUCCUGACUACAGGGGCCUGUCUGCAGUGCGAGGUUUGCAACGGACCAGGAAUCAGAUGCAGGGGCGACCUAGAGACCUGCGCUGCUGGGCAGGACUUUUGUGGCAUCGCCUGGACAGACUCCACAUUGGUGGGAAGCAAGACUGAGACAAUUAUCAAAAACUGUGUGUCCUCCGACGUGUGUAAAGCCAGCCCCUUCGCACACUUUGGCAACGCAAUGACAAGGAUGAGCUUCAAAUGCUGCGUGGGAGACGGCUGCAGGACCACCAAUAUUACAGUGCCCCCGGCUGACCUCAAACCCAACGGCCGGCGCUGUCGUGGCUGCUACGCGUUGAACGCUGAUCAUUGCGAUGAGCAAACCAUAAAUUGUACUGGAUCUGAGACCCAGUGUAUUGAUGCCACCGGGACCAUAACAAUUGAUGGGCGUGAAAUGCAGACUAUCAUGAAGGGCUGCGCUUCCGAGUCCAUCUGCAUCAUGGCACAAGUGGCCUCGAGGAUGUUCACAGAUACCAGUGUACAUCUAACCACGGCCAAAUGCACAGAGGCCUCCGGCGUGGCGGGCGUGGCUCUGGGACCAGCCGGGCUCCUCCUCCCGGCCCUCGCUGGGCUUCUGCUGAAGCUUCUCUCCUGAUUCCCCACUGGGUGCAACGGACACGCCACAUUGAAAUGCACCCUGCAGCCUGCGUUAGCCGCUCUCGGAUGGACUCACAUCCUCUUGAUGUUGUUGCACUGAAUAAAACAAACUGGCGAGCAAA